ACGGAGACGUAGCCAUAGGUCUGCCGUACCUUCACGAACGAAACUUCAAGACGCCGCUGGUUCACCAAGUUCCUCGCUCCUGACUCGUUCACGAUGCCCUGGCCCAUCGGACUCCUCCUCCUAUCAGUGGGAGUUGUCACCGCUUCAGAUAAUCACAACUACACAUGUCCGAGCUGCUCAGAGGAUCUGGAAUUCGUGAAGAUGAUGCGCAUCAACGAAGUCAAGAACACGAUUCUCGAGAAACUCCGUCUCUCGAGGGUUCCCAACAUCACCAGUGCAGAUCUCGAGCACUUGCCACCCAUUGAUCAACUGAUCUCAGACUUCGGCUUGAGCUCUGAUAUGUACAGCGAUCAGCCGAUGGAACCCCUGGGAGAGAACACCUACUACGAGGACGACAAAUUCCACGUCAACGUCGAGCAAGCAGCUCUAUUCCCGGAUACCGAUGUCAACCCGAAAUACGUGGAGAUCGCCGAGUGGGUCGCCCCAGAGAAUGUGUUCCACUUCAAACUGAAUGCCGCGCUCCUGACUCGCGAGUUGCGGAGAGCGGAAUUUCAGUUUCAUCUCAGUUGUGGUGUGCUCCACGACCUCAAAUCGUUCACCGCUGUCGUGGAAACGGUAGUACGCGACAAAGACGGUUAUCGAACUAAAAAGGCCGGUGCCAUUGAUGUGAGGAACCAUCGCUGCGGACACAAUGGUCGUUGGAUCCAGAUCGAGGUCAAGAAAGAAGCCCUAGCCCCAUGGUUCAGUUCUCUCGGAGGCGAAGGCAACAGCCUGAAAUUCCGCAUCUACGAUCACACAGGCCAAGAAGUCAGCUUGCGACUGCCCAAUGAUGGAAAAUUCCGGCCGUUCUUGAAGAUGGUCUUGGGAGAUGACGGCAAAGUCCGUAAACGGAGGUACGUGGGUAUCAAUUGUGAGCACGUCCGGCCGUACAAAGAAUGCUGUCGAUACAAGUUCGAGGUCAACUUCCUCGAUUACGGCUGGGAGUGGAUUAUUGCGCCUCGACAAUACGAAGCUUACUAUUGCUAUGGAGAAUGUCGUGAAAUGGCACGGAAAAAAUACCAGCCGUGCUGCACUCCGAAGAGUCUACGAUCGAUCAACAUGCUUUACAUGACUGAUGAGAAAACGAUUCACCACGGCAAUCUUCCUGGGAUGGUGGUCGAUAUUUGCUCGUGUUUGGCUUGA